AUUUGCAACAUGUCAAUAGCUACUUGUGCUUCGCAGGUGGACGGCACGGAAAAGUAGAUUGGAAAGCACGGUCUUUAGUAUUGUGGUGGAUAUUCCAGAUAUCAUUCCAUAUGUGAUUAGCACCAUAACAGUUUUUAUGUGAAAUUUAUUAUGGAAUCGCAGGAUGAGAGUGCUCCAUUGAGCAAUGAACCACUGUACAAUCCACAUCUACUCCAGAGACUUGACAUGGCUAAAUGUAAAACAAGGUUUGAUCCACCCAUUUCUCCAAAUCAGCCAGGUGAAGGUCUGAUUAUGCGGCCUCUUUGCCCAGCAGAUUAUGACAAAGGCUUUGUUCAACUGCUGUGCCAGCUCACCAAGGUCGGUGAAGUCUCCAGGAACCAGUUUCUCAGACGCUAUGCAACAAUGAAGGAAUGCCCCAACACAUACUAUGUGACAGUCAUUGAGGACAUGACAACAAGUCAGAUUGUGGCCUCUGCUACACUGGUUGUGGAACAGAAGUUCAUCCAUGAUUGUGCAGUGAGGGGUCGCCUGGAGGAUGUGGUGGUAAGCGAUGACUAUCGUGGGAAGCAGCUUGGAAAACUGAUCAUCACAGUCGUCACACUGCUUGCCCAGCAUCUGAACUGCUACAAAAUCACGCUCGACUGUAAGGACACGAUGAUUCCAUUCUACAGCAGACUAGGUUACAAGCUUGAGCCAUGCAGCUCCAACUACAUGCAGAUCCGCUUUGAGAAUUCCUGACAGUCAAAGCUGUGAGGUGCUGCAGGCAGCAUUCUCUUGUGGCAGCUUCUGUGACAAUGAGUUCCUGUACCCUGAUGCCAUAUUCAUCUCUGAAAUUAUUCAGAGGAUUUCAAUUAAAUUUGAUAUUAAGAGUUAUAUACCAAAAGCAGUUACUGUGUAUGAAUUUCAUUUGAUCUGUACUCAGCUGCAAUACCCCUACUUUAUAUGAAGCUCAAAUUUUACCUCUGUCAAAUUGUACAUAAGUGUAGACCUAAGUGUGAUCUAUACAGUUUAUAUUUAUCUAAUUACAGGCAAAAAUUGUGUAUGUUUGAAAUAUAGUUGUACUGCAGUGGAUUAUACAUUUCAUAUGAGUUGAAAUUUCACACAGUCUGUGGUUGUUGAUCACUGUGCUCUUGUAAUUUUGAGGAAGACCAUAGCCUCUGUUCACCAAUGGGAACCUGCAGAUGUCCUAGUCUGAAGUGCUUUACAAAGGAAUGAAUAUGCCAAUUGAUAUUGACUGUUGUAGGAUUGUUACCCUGUUCAGGUGUGGAUGAUGUUUACAGUGUUUCAAAGGUACAUACUGCAUCCAUUUUUGGGGUCGAAGUGUGAAUGGAGGUUUGGUUGGUGAGAUUCUGUGUAUAUUUAUACACACUUAGGUCAAAACUAGAAAGAACAUGUUAUGGUAUUUUGGGAUGUGACACUGUUUAGCUUGGUAGAUGGAUAUCAACAUUUUGGAGGAAUGUGUUACCUCCAAUCUUGAGGGUAUACGAGGUGUGUUCAAAAAAUGACGGGAAUUUCCGUAUUUUGGAAAAAAUAUUUAUUCAUUCGUCUACAUUAAUGUUGUCGCCUUCAAAAUAGUCCCCAUUCGAUAUUAUGCACUUACGCCAGCGCUUCUUCCAAU